UACCCGUGGGCAGCUGAGGGAGUGCGAGCCACAGGCCAGGCACUCUCCCUCUCCCAUUAGCUCUGCCGUGCCAUCGGACUUGCAGCUUCACUUUGGGCUGCCGUAGCCAUGAAGCUCCUUUUGCUGACUUUGACUGUGCUGCUGCUCUUAUCCCAGCUGACUCCAGGUGGCACCCAAAGAUGCUGGAAUCUUUAUGGCAAAUGCCGUCACAGAUGCUCCAAGAAGGAAAGAGUCUAUGUUUACUGCGUAAAUAAUAAAAUGUGCUGCGUGAAGCCCAAGUACCAGCCAAAAGAAAGGUGGUGGCGAUUUUAAGUGCUUUGAAGCCUGAAGCCGUGAAAAUGCCGAUGAAGCUCCCAGUGGAUUCCCACACUCUAUCAAUAAACACCUCUGGCUGAUCCCUGCAUUUGCCUGUUAGUGAACCCCAGCAGCUCCCAGGAGUGCCUUUCGGGUGAUUUGGGAUGUCAAAACCAUUUUCACAAUAAUAAUAAGACAUUUUUUACUUUUUUUUUUUUUUUUUUUUGAGACAGAGUCUUGCUCUGUCACCCAGGCUGGAGUGCAGUGGUGCGAUCUCAGCUCACUGCAAGCUCCGCCUCCUGGGUUCACACCAUUCUCCUGCCUCAGCCUCCCAAGUAGCUGGGACUACAGGUGCCUGCCACCAUGCCCGGCUAAUUUUUUUUUUUUUUUUUUUUGUAGAGACAGGGUUUCACUGUGUUAGCCAGGAUGGUCUUGAUCUCCUGACCUUGUGAUCUGCCUGCCUCGGCCUCCCAACAUUUUUCACUUUUUUAAGCUCUCUCUUUCACAGGUGUAUAGUGGAAUUUUCUGGAAUCUCCAUGACAUAUAAUGACAUAAUUGUUCUGGCAGCUGACAAAAGAUGUGCUUAUGUGCUCUUGUGUAGAAUUUUUUAAGGUAGAAAGCUUAAGGUAUAAGUAUGCUCAUUUUCAGAGAUUCAUGCAAUUUGUUCUCAGUAAUUCUACUGUCCUCUUACAAACUAUCUUUGGUUAUAUUAUUAACUGUAAUAAUUAAUCUCUAUACCUUCAUUAUCAUCUAAUAAGUCAUUACUUUGAAAUCCCACAACUUACUUUGUACCACAAGAAAUAAGAACACUUUAUCGUCUUGGUUUGCAGAG